AUGAAGACUGAUCUGCAAGGAAACGCUGAGAAGCAAACUGACGCCGGUGAAUUCAACACCAGAUCUAUCCUGACAAUCAUCGGAUCCGCCCUCUCAGCUUUCUGUACUGUUGGCUUUCUCAACGCAUUUGGUGUUCUUCUGGACUGGUACCACCGGCAUGAGCUUAGUGAUCACAGCGAAUUUGACAUAUCUUGGAUCGGGUCCUUUACUACAUUUGCAUUGUUCCUUACAGCCAUUCCCGCAGGUCUGCUGGCAGAUCGAGUACGUCCGACGAUCCUUCUCAUCGUCGGCGGCAUCGUCACCCUCUUUUCCAUGUUCAUGAUCUCCCUCUCCAAAGAAUACUAUCAAUUCUUCCUUGCUCAGGGCUUUCUGCUGGGCGUGGGCCAUGCUUUCUUCACCUUCCCCGUCAUCACUGUGGUCAGUCUUCAUUUCAACAAGAACCGCGGGUUGGCAACAGGUUUCACAAUAUCGGGUUCAUCACUCGGAGGCGUCAUAUGGCCUAUCGUGCUGGACCAGCUCCUCAACUCAGACGGUGUCGGCUUCUCCUGGACCAUCCGAAUUGUGACUUUCACCAUGCUACCACUCGUCGUGAUAUCUUGUGCUACUGUCCUUCCACCUGCCAAAAAUAAAGCAACAAAUGAGGAAGGUGCAUCGACGACUGCCGGAGAAAAGGACCAAACAAAGAAGAAAACGGACCUGUCCAUAAUCAAGAAUCCGGUAUUCAUUACUUUCUGCACAGGCCUUGGAAUCUACUAUUUGGGUAUGUUCACCCCUUUCUUCUUCGUCACCUCAUACGCCGUCAGCAUCGACAUGUCAACCGGCUUCGCAUUUUACCUGGUUUCCAUUUUGAAUGGAGCCUCACUUUUUGGAAGAAUCUCUGCCGGCUUCUUCGCGGAUCGGUAUGGCUACUUCAACCUGUGUUCGCUAGCAGCUUUAGCUUCGGCCCUGAUUACUUUUUGCUGGACUGGUGCAGACAGCUCCGCGGGUCUGGUGGUGUGGUCUUCGGCCUAUGGAUUCGCGUCCGGCUCGAUCCUGAGUCUUCAGGUGGCGUGUGCAACUAAACUGGCAACUCCCCAAACAUAUGGCACUGCUGUCGGCAUGACCAUGGGUAUCGUCUCCUUAACAGGCCUUUUCGGCUCCCCUAUCAGCGGCGAAUUGAUCAAGUACAGCUAUCUCGCCUUAUCCAUGUACGCGGGCGCAGUGCUGGCGGUCGGUGGUAUCCUGAUUUGUUUCACCCGGCUCCAAUUGUCUCGCAAACUCCUUCAUAUAGUGUGA